AUGGGCCGCGAGAAGGCCGCGCGCAAGGCCCACGGGGCCCUCAAGACCCAGUCCUUCACGGGCCCCGGCGCGCGCCAGGCGCUGGGCCAGUCUAUUAAAUCCAAACUGCACCUGAGCGCGGACGAGCAGAAGCUCGCGGACAAGGGCCACAUUUUGGACGAGAAGGGCGACGCGUGGUGGCGUCGGAUCGGCUACGCUGAUUCUAGGGAGGAGUUCCUGAAGUUCUGGACAGCUUUAAGGCCGGAGUUCCGCGAGGGCCCCGUGCCGCCGCCCGACGGGACCACUUGUAAAAGGUGCAAGAUGCACGUCAAUCUCAGUCGAAAACCUGUGACGCGCAACAACGUCCACCGCUCGCGCAAGAACUGCGACGGCGGCUGCUGGGGCCAGGAGAGCGUCACGCUCAUCAGGUUGUGGUGCGAGACACAUGAAUUAAGGGCUGAAGAUACGAAGAAGACCUUCGGCACGUAUUCGCGGGAGGCCCAGGGCUGCCCCUACCAGAAUAAGGACGUCGUGCCGUCCGAAGCGCUGGAACAGGCUCUUAAGGGUAGGGGAGAGCUGUGCCAACACGGCGAGGCGUGGGCGCGGAGAAUCGGCGCCUCGGAUGACCCAGACAAAUUAAAAGCGUUCACGGCGCUGUGGUGGGACCUCGCGCCCCAGUUUAGGAGUUGGGACGUGCCACCGGACGACGGGCGGAAGUGCGCGCAAUGCGCGUGCAUUUUUCGUUUGGGAUUUUAUCGAGGGACGAAGUGGCGCGACCGGUGCGAGUGCAACAAGGGCGCCAAAAGAUUAGCGGACGAGUGGAAGCUCAUGGGCUACGAGUGCUACCAGAAGGGCCUGCGGGAGAAGGAGCUCGUGAAGCCCGUGCAGCAAGCUCGCAAGAAGAAGGACGCGCCCGCCUCGCCGCGCAUCGAGGCCGUCGCGCCGGACGUAGCGAUCGACGAGCUGGAGCUCCACGUCAAAGAUGGUGAAAUGAAGGAGGAGCCCUCUCCGGUCGUUGUGAGGAAGAAGAAGGCAAAAAAAAAGACGAACGUGGACCUCGCGGCGCAGCUCUUCGCCGGGCCGCCGCAGGCGCGGGAUUUGGUUGGUGUUGCUGGUUCCGUUGAGACGGCGCCUCCACCCACAGAGAGUCCCUGGGCGGCGCCACCGCUUUCACCAGCGGAGGACCCGCCGCUGCCGUCAAAGCCGCCACAGCUGCCUUCACCAGUACGCCCGCGCCAGAACUCGUGGAACCCCGCCGAGGACCCGCCUCUGCCAGAGCCCGGAGCGCCGCCUCCACAGCCCCCGGAGCCGAUCCCGAGCGCCAUCUACGAGCCGCCGCCUGCGCAACGUGAGGAGCCCAAGAAGACGGGCACGGUCAUUUGGUUUCAUCCUAUAAAAAAUCAGGGCUUCAUCAAGCCCGACGACGGGAGCGCGGACAUCUGGCUCCACGGCGACGGCGUGCGGCCCGGCGUCGUCCUGAAAAAAGAUGAUAGGGUCUCGUACCGCGAGGAGGUGUAUGGGAGGCAGGCCCGGUUGAAGGCUGUCGAUGUGGGCAAGUACCGGCCCGCAGCGAAGCCGACGCGGCAACGUUCGCUGCGCGCGCCGCCGCCACAGUUCGACGCGGCUUUGGAAAGGGCGCUGGCGGAGUCCGCCGACGCCUACGCGCACCACCAGGCGCCCCCGACCGCGAAUGACGAAGACGACGAGCUGCAGCGCGCUUUAAAGGCCUCGGCCGACGAGUUCGCGGACGAGCAGCGCCGCCGCGCGGCACAGGACGAGCAGCGGCGCCGCGCGGCCCAGGCGGCAGCGCCAGCGCCGCAGUACAACUCGGCGCCGGCGCCACAGUACGACCCGCCCUACGUGCCUCCUCACGAGCCGCGGCGGUCCCUCGCGGACCUCGCGGGCCCGCCCCAUAAUAAUGGAUACGCGCACGUCGACGACGAUCUGGCAAGGGCCCUCGCGGCGUCGCGCGAGGCCGAGGAGAUCGACGCGCGGCGCCGCCGCGACCUCGCGGCCGCCGAGGAGCGGCUCCGCGCGGCGCGCCUCGCGGCGGCGCCGCCGCCGGCCGCGCCGCCGGCGCCGCCGGGCCUGCCGCCCGGCUUCGGCGGGGGCCCGCCGCCGGGCCUGCCGCCGGGCCUCGCCGGCUUCCCGGCCGCGCCCAAGCUCCCGCGCGACCCGCUCGCGGCGUUCCUGGAUGGGGCCGGCAUGGGCCGCUACCUCGGCCUCUUCCGCGACGAGGAGAUCCGGACCCUGGAGGACUUCCGCCUGCUGACGGCCCAGGACCUCCACGACAUCGGCCUCCCGCCGCACGACGCCGCCGUGCUCCACCAGCGCACGGCCGCGCACUACCUCGCGAACGGGCUCUAG